AUGGUCGCCCGCGGGCUGCUCGCGGCGGCGCUCGCGGCGUCGUGCGCGCUGGCGACGGACGUCGCCACCUUCGGCGACCUCGCGGCCGUGAACGCCGCCGGGGGCAGCGCGGACGUCGGUGCGGCGACCAUCGCAUUCGACGACACGCUCAACGUCACGACGUCGCUCGCCGUCGCCGGCGGCGGCGGCGCGACCCUCGACGGCAACGGCCGCACGCUCUUCCGCGUCGUCGCCGGCGGGAGGCUCGAGCUGGCGCGCCUGUCCGUCACGGGCGCCGUCGGCGACGCCGUCGCCGUCGAGGCCGACGGCUUCGCGCGGCUCUCGCGCGUCGCGCUCUUCGGCAACGCCGGCGGCGCGCCGCUCGCCGUCGUCGACGGGUCCGCGACGGUCGCGUUUUCUUCCUUUUACGAUAACGUGAACUGGGCCGGCGUGGGCGGCGGCGCGGUCUCGUUCCUCUCCGCGGGCGGCGGCCGGUCGCUCUCCGUCGCGAAUUCCACGUUCCGCAACAACAGCGCGCUCGACGGCGGCGCGCUCUUCGCCGCCACGGGGCCCGACGAGACGGCCCUCGGCCCCCUGGCCAACGCGUCGCGGGACGUCGUGCGCGUCGAGAACGCGUCCUUCGAGGGCAACUGGGCGCCGUACCGCGGCGGUUCGAUAGUCGUCUGCGGCCUCGUCGACUUCCACCUCGCCGGCGCCGUC